CGUAUAUUACAAGUCUCAAGAAUGAGUACAAAAGAUGUUCUUCGUCCAGUGACCAACUUCUCCUCUACCUUGUGGGGUGACCAAUUCCUACGUUACGAAUUUGACCCUCAGAUUAUGAAAGAAUAUGCCAACGAGGUUAAGAUGUUGAAGAAUACAGUGAGGAAUCAAAUAACAGAUCAAGAUAUGGGAAUGAUGGAUGCUAUGAAUCUCAUUGAUACACUCGAACGCCUAGGCAUAGCAUAUCAUUUUGAAAAUGAAAUUUCAGAGAAAUUACGAGAAAUUUAUGACCUCCUCGAUACCGACAAAUAUUGUGAUCUCUACACAACUGCUCUUCAUUUUCGGAUACUCAGGCAGCAUGGGUAUCAUAUAUCUUGCGAUAUUUUUCUCAAAUGGUUGGAUGGUAAUGGAAAAUUCCAGGAGUCCAUUAAGAAUGAUAUAAGGGGUUUGUUAGCCUUGUAUGAAGCAACACAUCUGAGAAUACAUGGAGAAAGCAUAUUAGAUUAUGCACAUGUUUAUACUAGGACCGGUUUAAAAAAUGUGGAACAAAGUCUCCAUCAAUCACCCCUAGAGAAACAAGUCGAGCACGCGUUAGUGCAAGCCCUACACUUGGGCUGUCCAAGAAUCGAAGCACGAUUCUUCAUCUCCAUCUAUGAAGAGGAGGUUGAACACCGGAAUGAGUCAUUGUUAAACUUGGCCAAAUUUGACUAUAAUUUACUUCAAAUAUUACACAAGAAAGAGCUUCAAGAAUUGUCACGGUGGUGGAAAGAAUUGAAUCUAAUAUCAAAACACAAAUAUGCCAAGGACAGAUUAGUUGAAUGCUAUUUUUGGGCUGCAGGAGUGUACUAUGAACCCGAAUAUUCGCGCGGACGUAUUAUGCUUACAAAACUUAUGAUCAUUAUAUCAAUAACAGAUGAUACGUAUGAUGCUUAUGGCACGCUUGAAGAGCUACAAGCUUUCACAAAAGCAAUAGAAAGAUGGGAUAUUGGGGAGAUUGUUAAACUCCCAAAUUACAUGAGAGAAUUCUAUAAAACUACUCUAGAGCUCUAUCAAGAAUUUGAAGAUGAGCUAAGCAGUGAAGGAAGGUCCUACGCAAUAAAAUACGCCAUCGAUGCUCACAAGGAAUUGGUAAGAAACUACUAUACUGAGGCCAAGUGGUUCAUGCAAGGAAUAUAUCCAACCUUUGAGGACUAUCUUAGCAACGGUCAUAUAACUUGCACCUAUUUUUAUCACACCAUGGUGUCGUUGUUGGGAAUGAAAUCUCUAACAGAGAAGGAAUUUGAGUACCUGCACCAGAAACCUAAAAUGAUUGUUGCUAGCGGCAUCAAUUGCCGGCUCAUAGAUGAUAUCACUAGCUACGAGGUUGAGAAGGAAAGAGGUCAAGUUGUGACGGGCAUCGAUUGCUUCAUGAAAGAUAAUAAUGCUACCAAAGAAGAAGCGGUGGCUAAACUUCAUGAAAUAGCGGAAAAUGCUUGGAAGGAUAUCAAUGAGGAAUUUUUGAAAUCAUAUUUUCAUUGGAAAGAUGUGGUAAAGCGUAUUAUGAAUAUUUCUCGAAUAAUGGAUGUGGCUUACAAGAAUGAUCAUGAUGGAUACACCAAACCAGAAAAGAACGUGAAACCUCACAUCAUUGCCUUGUUCGUCGAUCCAAUAAAAUAUUAGGCAUCUCAUCCUCUCGUUACUAUAAGUCAUCUAGGUUAAGGUACAUUUUGAUUCUUGGACUUCACAAGGGUUAUGUUUCCAUCUUUCAUGGCGUGUUUCGGUUCACAACUUAUAAGUUAUCUUCUGUUUGAGAGAAGCAUAUAUAUAUAUAUAUUUAAAUGUUGUUUGUUGAAAAUGAGACGAGAUGUUUAUUGUAUAUUUGAAUUGAAUACCUGUUGUAAAUUUGUUAUAUAUUUAUGUAGGUGUGUUUUAUAUAUUUUUUUCUAGUAUUUUCUCAGUAGAAGUACAUAGUUUGAAAAAUAUUUUGAAUUUAAACUUAUUGUUCGAAAGAAUAGUUUUAUGUCUGAACAAAGAGGGAAUAAUGUAUUACUAAGAAAUGAUCAGAAAGAACUCAUUUUGCAUCCGAAGGGAUUUUAUAUUUCCUCUUUGAAGCUUUGUAAUUCUUUAUUUACAUUUUUAGUGAA